UCCAACUCAUCACUUUUCCUUAUUUUUAGUGAACACUUCAAAUUUUACAUAUCUCUAAUUAUCUUUCACUAUGAGCACCCUCCCUACAACACAAGGGAAAACUGUCCAUGAUGCAUCCGAUUUUAAGGGCCGUCCGGCAGACAGGUCCACAACCGGUGGUUGGUCUGCGGCCGCCAUGAUAUUAGGCGGUGAAAUUAUGGAGAGGUUAACAACACUCGGCAUCGCCGUUAAUUUGGUCACAUAUUUGACGGGUACGAUGCAUUUGGGAAAUGCUGCCUCUGCCAAUGUUGUCACAAACUUCUUAGGAACUUCCUUUAUGCUCUGUUUAUUGGGCGGCUUUCUCGCCGAUACUUUUUUGGGAAGAUACCUUACUAUUGCCAUCUUUGCAGCCAUUCAAGCAAUGGGUGUAACAAUAUUGACGAUAUCAACUAUAAUUCCAAGCCUACAUCCACCAAAAUGCACAAAAGACUCUACAACGCCUUGUGUAGAAGCAAGCAACAAACAACUAUUGGUGUUAAAUUUAGCACUUUAUGUAACGGCACUUGGCACAGGUGGUUUAAAAUCUAGUGUCUCUGGUUUUGGUUCAGAUCAAUUUGAUGAUUCACAUAAAGAAGAGAAAAAGGGUAUGAUUAAAUUUUUCAGUUGGUUCUACUUCUUUGUAAGCAUAGGGUCUUUAGCGGCAGUUACUAUUCUUGUGUAUAUACAAGACAACCAAGGAAGAGGUUGGGGUUACGGUAUUUGUGCCGUUGCUAUUGUUGUAGCACUUGUUGUUUAUUUGUCGGGAACAAGUAAGUACCGAAUUAAACCACUUGUUGGUAGUCCAUUGACUCAAAUUGUACUAGUUUUUGUGGCUGCUUGGAAAAAGAGACAUUUUCAAUUGCCCUCUGAUUCCUCAUUGCUAUAUGAAGAGGAUGAUAUUCAACAUGAACAACCUAGGAACAAGAAGCAGAGGUUGCCGCAUAGCAAGCAGUUCCGCUUCUUAGACAAAGCAGCAAUCAAAGGCUUAGAAAGUACGAAUGGAAUCACAAUGAAAGAGAAAUGGCAUCUUUCUACCUUAACCGAUGUGGAAGAAGUAAAAUUGAUACUAAGGAUGUUACCCAUAUGGGCUACCACAAUAAUGUUUUGGACAAUCCAUGCUCAAAUGACAACAUUCUCAGUAUCACAAGCAACAACAAUGGAUUGUCACAUUGGAAAAUCAUUUCAAAUUCCAGCAGCAUCGAUGACCGUCUUUUUAAUCGGAACAAUUCUGUUAACAGUUCCUUUGUAUGACCGAUUAAUUAGACCGGUCGCAAAAAACAUACUUAAAAAUUCAAAUGGGUUCACCCCUUUGCAAAGAAUUGGUGUUGGAUUAGUCCUCUCUGUAUUGUCUAUGGUAGCAGCUGCACUCAUUGAAAUAAAGCGUUUGAAAUUUGCAAAAUCACAUGGUUUUGUAAAUGAUCCAACGGCUAAGAUGCCUUUGAGUGUAUUUUGGUUGGUGCCACAAUUCUUCUUUGUGGGGUCAGGAGAGGCCUUUAUGUAUAUGGGACAAUUAGACUUUUUCCUUAGAGAAUGUCCUAAAGGAAUGAAAACAAUGAGUACAGGGUUGUUCUUGAGCACACUUUCUUUAGGAUUUUUCUUUAGUUCAUUAUUAGUGACUAUAGUGAAUAAUGUGACGGGUCCUAAUAAGCCAUGGAUUGCAAAUAAUCUUAAUCAAGGGAGGCUCUAUGAUUUUUAUUGGCUAUUGGCUAUGCUAAGUGCUAUAAAUGUGGUCAUAUACUUGGCUUGUGCUAAGUGGUAUGUUUACAAGGAAAAUAGACUUGCUGAGGAGGGCAUAGAAUUGGAAGAAAUUGAUGCCUCUACAUUUCAUGCAUAGAUACCUCAACAUUGCCAUCUUUGCAGCCGUUCAAGCAAUGGGUGCAACACUAUUGACAAUAUCAAUUAUAAUUCCAUGUCUACAUCCACCAAAAUGCACACAAGACUCUACAACAGUUUGUGUAAAAGCAACACGAAACAACUAUUGGUGUUGUAUUUAGCACUUUAUGUGAUAGCACUUGGCACUAGUGGUUUAAAAUCCAGUGUCUCUGGAUUUGGUUCAGAUCAAUUUGAUGAAUCAAAUAAAGAAGAAAAAAAGGAUAUGAAUAAAUUUUUCAGUUGGUUCUAUUUCAUUGUAAGCAUAGGAUCUUUAUUGUCAGUUACUAUACUCGUGUGUAUAUAUAAGAAAUUUUGAC